AUGCCAUGGAUUCAGCUUGGCCAGCAUGAUCCAACCACCACGCUGACUCCCCCGCCAGCUCCAUUCCCCGAACCCAGCACUCCCGGGGAGCGAGCGACGAUGAGGUUCGCUGUCUGUGGAAACGCGGCGUUCACCGGCGGCGCCGGGGCUCUGGCCCUGGCAUCUGCUCGCGCUCUUCUCGAACACGGUCUGUCCGGCAUAGCGCUCCUUGACCUUCCGCUGGGGCUUGAGAAGAGUGCCGCCGAGAUCGAGACUCUCCGACGAGACUUCCCCGCCGCGAAGGUUAUUACGCAGACCUGUGAUGUCACGGAUGCUGGGGGCAUGAACGACACCGCUCAGCAGGUCCGCGACCAACUGGGUGAUAUCAACAUCCUUUGUUGCUUUGCAGGGAUGGUUAACUGCGUCGACGCGGAGGAUCUUGCCAUCGAGCAAUGGAGGCGCGUGAUGGAUGUAAAUACAACGGGAUCUUGGAUCGCGGCGCAGGCAUUCGGACGACAUAUGAUUUCCAGCGGCCGCGGAGGGAAGAUCGUCCUCGUGGCUUCGAUCAGCGGACAUCGAGUGAACUAUCCUCAACCGCAGGUAGCGUAUAAUGUGUCCAAGGCAGCGGUGCUACAUAUGCGGAGCAGUCUUGCCGCAGAAUGGACGCGGUAUGGGAUCCGGGUCAACUCCAUCUCGCCGGGAUACAUGGAUACGGUGCUUAACGAGGGCGACGACUUAGAGGCGUGGCGACAGAGUUGGGCGGAGCGGAAUCCCAUGCGCAGAAUGGGGUCGACCCAGGAACUGACCGGACCGGUGGUCUUCUUAUGCAGUGAUAUUGGAGGUAGCUACGUGAACGGGGCAGACAUUGUGGUUGACGGUAGGUCUUCCUUUGGUUAG